AUGUACGAUGAUCUCCGCAUCGAGUGGAUCCGCCGCUGCGUGUGCACCUGCUUCCACCUGCCCGGCAGACCCAACAGCUUCGACCGGCUCAUGCAGCUAGACGACGGGGAGCCGCAGCGGACAGUCAGCCGUUUCCUCAACCGCGUGACCGAGGAGCAGACACCCUCAUGUCUGCUAUUUUUCAAGAGUGUGCGGGAGGAGGAGGUGGAAGUCCGGAUUCCCAUCGUUUCAGAGGAAGCUGAGCAGACCGAGCAGAAGGAUGCUGAUGGUUCGGAGACUGAGGAGCAAGAGGAGAGUGAGGCCGACCCUGUCCUCAGCUAUAGAACGGAGCUGCAGGUGGUCUACCACACGGAGCUGCAGCUGGACAUAGACCACUUUCCCCCAAACUACAGUCCGAACACACUCCGAACUUUCUACUUCUUACGCACUACAAAUGAAAUAGUGGUGGAGCCUCGAGACAUGGAGGAAGCCUGCACAGUGCUGCCCACACUCUUUGAAAUGGGCCUGAUGAACAGACCUCCUCUGGUCAUGUUGAGGGACAAGCUCACACAUGUGUUCCUGCCAUCUCUGGCUUGGCAGCAGAGGUGUGCUGCUGGGGAGGAGCUGAGAGCAGAGGCUCCGGGUUUGGAGAUCCAGGUAGAGGGAGCAGAGGGGCCAGAGGGGUCAGAUCAUAAGACUUCUCAGAGCAUACCUGAGCAGCUUUUGGAACGCGAUGAGCUGCUUCACCGCCUCCAAAAGUUCUUAGGACUGGUCAACACCAACCUCCAUCAACUGCAGAUUCAAGAUGAGAUGCAGAAGCUGCAUGUGCCUGACCUGGACCUGGAUCAGGACACGGAGGCGCUGUUGUGUAACACUGAGCUGCUGGACGAGCUGGAGCAGUGUCUGAUGAACUGGCAAACUCAAAUCACUGUGGUGAUCGAGGAGCAGCAGAGCAAGAAGCCACAGGCUCCUGGGCCCUUAGCGGAGAUUGUCUUCUGGCAGGAGCGCGCGUCUAUCCUGAGCGCGCUGAGUGAGCAGGUGAAACAGCCGGCUGUGAGGAGGGUCCUUGAUGUGAUGGGCUGUUCUCAGAGUGGGACCAUGCGCACCCUAGAGGCCACCUUGGCCGAGCUGCACAAGUAUCGGGUGGAGGCAGAUGAGAACCUCUGCUUUGUGAGCACGCUGGAGAGACACUUUAUGAACCUGGCUACGGGGAAGAGCCUGGCUGUGGUGCUGGAGACUCUGCCCCCUCUGAUGAGCAGUCUGGGCACCGUGUGGAUCAUUUCCUGUCACUACAAUACAAGCGAGCGCAUGGUGCCUCUGAUGGAGCGCAUCGCCUGGCAGCUGUGUGAGCGCGUGCGCCAGACUGUGCGCGUGCAGCAGCUUUUCACGCAGAGGAGAGACAUCGCCAUGGCACUGGUGUGGGAUGCGAAGCAGGUGCUGGACCAAUGGAAGCGCUCAUACUUCGAGAUGCGUGCGGACAUCGAGGAUCUUGGCCGAGUGCGACGCUGGGAAUUCGACAGGAAGAGACUGUUUGAGCACACAGACUACAUGGCCUCUGUUUGUCAGGACCUGUACAACGUCCUCCAGGUUUUACAGGACUUCUACAACAUCUUUGGUCUGGAGUUGAAGAGCGUGACUGGAGACCCCAAACGGAUUGACGAAGUUCUGAGCUGCGUGGACGGCCUGGUGCUGCCUAUGCAGGACCUGACCUUUGACCCCUUCAGCAUCUCCAAGAUGACCAGCUGGAAGACUAUCAUGCAAGAGUUUGAUGUCACUGUAAAGGAGAUUGAAGGAGAAGGCAUCCACUUUAUAGACCAAUCCUUCAAGAAGCUGCGCUCCUCAGCCACUGCCUUCGACAUGCUGCUCAAGUUCAAGCACUUAGGAACCCGAGAGGCCAUCAACAGUCACCUCCUCCGCAAGUUCACCGACAUCCUGGCACAGUACUGCAAAGAGGUGGACACUAUAAAUGAGAUCUUUGAAUCGAACAGAGACAACCCAGAGCUGAUUCUGAUGGAGCCCCCGGUGGCAGGGGCCAUCCGCUGGGCACGCUCCCUCAUGCACCGCAUCCAGAAGACCAUCCUGCCCUUCCUCAAAGAGAGAGACAUGAUGAGCUGUGAGGAAGGCCAGCUGGCUAAAGAGAAGUACACGGAGCUGGCCCUAAAGCUGAAGGAGUACCAGGCACAGAAGUAUGAGACCUGGAAGGGAGAGGUCCAGAGCAGGCUGCCUCUGCUGCUCAAGAACCCUCUGCUCCAGGCCCAUAGCCCAGCCAAGCCCCAGGAGGUUUCAUUCGAGGCUGGCAACAUUCUGCAGAGGAGUAUUCGAUUCUCGGUUAACUUUGCUACAGAAAUCCGACAGAUGGUGGCAGAGACCAACGACCUGGUGUCCAUGGGCUACUCUGUGCCAGACCUGGUCAGGAACGUGGCUCUGCAGGAGGGCAAGUUCAUGAGGUACGUGGACGAGCUACAGCGAUUGGUCAGCAGCUUCCACAUGGUCAUGGACAGCCUGAGCGAUGUCAUGUUUGUGAUGCUGGCUAAACACAUCAAAGCCGUGAGAAAGGAAGUGAACUUCGGCUGCAAGACCUUCAACUGGAAAUCCCUGGGCAUCCCGGAAUUCAUCAGCCGGGGAAUGCAGGCUGUAUCCAAGUUUGAGUCUGUGGUCAGUCAGAUCCUCAAGAACGAGAAGGACAUUGAAGCCAAGCUGCAGUCUCUGGAGACCGCCAACAUCAUCAAAUUCACAAUGCACAGCAAAUCUCAGGAGCUCCCAGGAGUGAAGCAGUUUUUUGAGCGAAUCAACCAGGAGCGGGUCAAGACGGUGAGUGUGCUGACCAGGAGGUAUGCAGACAUCGGGCCUCUCAUCACCAAAAUCGAACAUGUGAUCCUGGAGAGCAGCAGUGGCCGGGCUAAGUGCAUGGCAGAGUACUACAAGGCCUGGGAGCGCCGUGUGCUUGACUCGCUCAUCAAAAUGGUGCUCAGGAACAUCCAUACCUUCAACACCUCACUCAUGGGCACCACGCCUCUGUUUCAAAUCGACGCCAUCUUGUCUGCCCCCAAAAUAGUGAUCCAGCCUCUGCGCAAUGAGAUCUACUGGUUAAUCAUGCAGUGUGUGAGGGACUGUGUGGAGAGCUCAAAGCAUUUUGUGCGCUGGAUGCAUGGGACUUGCUUGGAGUGCCUCCCUCAGGCUGUGGGAGGAGAUGACGAGAUGUUCACCUUUAACUUCUACAAUGACGUGUGCCAGCAGCCCCAGAUCAAUGACAGUGCCAUGACAGUGUCCCAGAACAUCCAGAGAAUACUCUUCUCUCUGGAGCGCCAGCUCAAUCACUGGAAGAUCUAUCGCCCCCUGUGGGAGAAGAACAAGGUCAUUGUCAAUGAGAAGUUUGCAGCGCGGAAGCCAAGUGUGGUCAAGUACGACGAGAAGCUGCAGUACUUCGCCUGCAUGAGACAGGAGCUGUCGCAGGAGCCAUUGUUCACAGAACACCACUGCAUCCACCUGAACCUGGGGCCUCUGGCCCACACAGCCCUGGAGGCAGCCCAAGCCUGGAUGUCCUCUCUGGGCAGCUUCCUCAACAUGUCAGCCAAGGAGGACCUGUUUAGCCUACGAGACCAGCUCAUGGCACUGUCGGAGAGCCUGCACCAGAGCCCAGACUCCUUCGAGGAGCUCAAGUGUGUGCUGGGGACCAUCGCAGAUAUUCGGUACUCAGAGCUGUCCCUGCAAGUGGAGAUGAGGCUGUGUGACAUCAAGGAGCGCUACCGCACUCUGCACAUGUACAGUAUCCAGGUAUCCAAGGAGGAGCAGCAGCUGGAGGCCAGUAUCCCUCACAUGUGGACAGAGCUGUUUGCUGAAGCCCGGCGUGUGGACCGUAGCCUCACCAAAGUUAAGAAGUCAUUCACAGAGAGCACCAAAGAGAAGAUUGAGGAGUUUAAGCAGGAGGUGAUGAUCUUUGCUGAAAGCUUCAACAUGCACGGCCCUGGAGCUGUGGGGGACAACCUGGAGAGAGGUCUGACCAUCAUGGACAGCUAUGAGGCCGAGCUGGCUAAGAUGGUGUCCCAGCGUCAGGAGCUGACCAGUGCAGAGAAGCUGCUUGACCUGCCUGUGACCGUAUACCCGGAGGUGAUGAGCAUGCAUAAGGAUAUGCAUGGCCUAAGGAUGAUCUACAACAUCUACAGAGCGCAGAAGGACGCCAAAGCCCAGUGGUCACAGACACUGUGGGUGGACUUGAAUCUCCAGCUGCUCCAGGAAGGCAUCGACGACUUCCUGAAGCAGCACCGGCAGCUGCCCAAAGAGGUGCGCGCGCUACCAGUGUCCUUCUUCCUGGAUGCUCGGAUGAAGGAGUUUAAAGAAUCUCUGCCUCUUCUGCUCGAUCUGAAGAACGAAGCCCUGAGGGACAGACACUGGCGGGAGCUGAUGGAGCGAACGGGCACCAGGUUUGAGAUGAAUGCUGAAAGUUUCACUCUGGACAACAUGUUUGCUAUGGAGCUGCAUAAACACGCCAGUGUGAUUGGAGAAAUCGUCACGUCUGCGGUGAAGGAGCUGAGCAUCGAGAAGGGGGUGAAGGAGGCGGUGGAGACCUGGGAGAGCUUGUCCUUCACGGUACAGCCCUAUUUCAAAGGUACCAAGGAGAGAGGCACCAUCCUGGGAUCUGUGGAGGAGGUGCUGCUCAGCGUGGACAAUGACACUAUGAACCUCCAGAGCAUGGCAGGCAGCCGCUUCGUGGGGCCCUUUCUCACCACCAUCCAGCAGUGGGAGAAGAACCUGUCCCUCAUCAGCGAGACCAUUGAGGUGUGGUUGCUGGUGCAGAGGAAGUGGAUGUACCUGGAAAGCAUCUUCAUUGGUGGAGACAUCCGCACACAGCUGCCCGAGGAGGCCAAGAAAUUUGACAACAUUGACAAGAAAUUCAAGGCGAUCAUGAGUGAGGUGGUGAAGGAUCCUAACAUAAAGCGUUGCUGCCUGGUGGCGAACAGACUGGCCGAGCUGCAGAGUCUAAGCGAUGGGAUGGAGAAGUGUCAGAAGAGCCUGAACGAUUACCUGAACUCCAAGCGUAAUGCCUUUGCCCGCUUCUUCUUCAUCUCUGACGAUGAGCUGCUCAGCAUCCUGGGCAGCAGCGACCCCACCUGUGUCCAGGAGCACAUGAUCAAGAUGUAUGACAACAUAGCAUCUCUGCGGUUUGAGGGGGGCGGUGAUGGGGAGCUUGUGGCUGGAGCCAUGGUGUCUGCGGAGGGGGAGGUGAUGGUGCUGAAGCGACCUAUCCCAGUGGAGGGUCGUGUAGAAGAGUGGAUGACCGGAGUGCUGCUCGAGAUGAAGAGGACCAAUCGCCUCAUCACCAAAGAGGCCAUCUUUCACUACUGUGCGAACCAUAGCCGAGUGGACUGGAUGCUGCUGUACCAGGGCAUGGUGGUGCUAGCAGCUAACCAGGUGUGGUGGACGUGGGAGGUGGAGGACGUGCUCAGACAGGUGAAGGCUGGAGAGAAGCAUGCUCUCAAGAACUACGCCAAGAAGCUCCACGCUCAGAUCGACGAGCUGGUGACACGCAUCACUCAGCCCAUGAAAAAGAAUGACCGACGCAAACUCAACACGGUGCUGAUCAUUGACGUCCAUGCGCGUGACAUUGUGGACAACUUCGUCUUCAACAGUAUCAUGGAUGCUCGAGAGUUUGAAUGGGAGAGUCAGCUGAGGUUCUACUGGCAGCGCGAGAAUGACGACCUGUUUGUGCACCAGUGCAGUGCCUCCUUCUCCUACGGAUAUGAAUACAUGGGUCUGAAUGGGAGACUGGUCAUCACUCCGCUGACUGACCGCAUCUACCUUACACUAACUCAGGCCUUGUCCAUGUUCCUGGGUGGAGCUCCAGCAGGACCAGCUGGUACUGGAAAAACCGAGUCCACCAAAGACCUGGCCAAAGCUCUGGGUCUUCUCUGUGUGGUCACCAAUUGUGGAGAAGGCAUGGACUACAUGGCGGUGGGGAAGAUCCUGUCUGGCCUGGCUCAGUGUGGGGCCUGGGGCUGUUUCGAUGAGUUUAACCGAAUUGACGCUUCAGUGCUGUCAGUCAUCUCCUCUCAGAUACAGACCAUCCGCAACGCACUCAUCCUGCACCUGCAGCGCUUUCAGUUUGAGGGCCAGGAGAUCAGCUUGGACAGCCGCAUUGGGAUCUUUAUCACCAUGAACCCAGGGUAUGCCGGCCGCACAGAGCUACCAGAGUCUGUCAAAGCCCUGUUCAGGCCCGUGGUGGUCAUCGUACCAGACCUGCAACAGAUCUGUGAGAUCAUGCUCUUCUCCGAGGGCUUCCUCCUAGCCAAGGUCCUGGCUAAGAAGAUGACCGUGCUGUACAAACUGGCCCGGGAGCAGUUGUCAAAGCAGGCACACUACGAUUUUGGCUUGAGGGCUCUGAAGUCUGUGCUGGUGAUGGCCGGGGAGCUCAAAAGAGGCUCCCCACACCUCAACGAGGAUGUGGUUCUGAUGCGCGCUCUGCGGGACAUGAACCUGCCUAAGUUUGUGUUUGAGGAUGUCCCUUUGUUCCUGGGGCUCAUCUUGGACUUGUUCCCUGGGCUGGACUGUCCCCGUGUCCGCUACCCUGACUUCAACGAUGCUGUAGAGAACACUCUGCAGGACAACAAAUAUGUGCUUCUGCCUAACCAGGUGGACAAAGUGGUGCAGAUGUAUGAGACCAUGAUGACCAGACACACCACCAUGGUUGUAGGCCCGACAGGCGGGGGCAAGUCAGUGGUGAUAAGCACCCUGUGCCAGGCCCAGAGCAGGCUGGGACUGCUUACCAAGCUGUACCCUCUGAACCCCAAAGCCAUGAGUGUCAUUGAGCUGUACGGCAUCCUGGACCCAGACACAAGGGACUGGACCGAUGGCAUCCUCUCCAACAUUUUCAGAGACAUCAACCGGCCCACCGACAAGAAAGAGCACAGGUACAUUCUGUUUGAUGGAGAUGUGGAUGCGCUCUGGGUGGAGAACAUGAACUCUGUGAUGGACGACAACAAGCUCCUCACACUGGCCAACGGAGAACGUAUUCGCCUCCAAAACCACUGCGCCCUGCUCUUUGAGGUGGGGGAUCUGCAGUACGCCUCUCCUGCCACAGUGUCCCGCUGUGGGAUGGUGUUUGUGGACCCUAAAAACCUGCGCUACACACCGUACUGGCAGAGAUGGUUGGAAAACAGACCCCUGAAGGAGACACUGAACCUGCUGUUUGAGAAGUAUGUGCACUGCUGCAUCGACCUGAUCAUACACGGCAUCGUGGACGGCACACAGGGCAAGAAGCUGAAGACCAUGGUGCCUCAGACAGACCUGAACAUGGUCACGCAGCUGUGUCUGAUGCUGGAUGCUCUGCUGGAGCAGGAGGCCCCAGAGCCUGAUGUGGUGGAGGCCUUCUUCCUGGAGGCUCUCUACUGCUCCCUGGGGGCCACUCUGCUGGAGACGGAGAGAGUCAUGUUUGAUGAGUUUGUCAAAAAUGUUUCAUGUCUGACUCUAGUCGAGGAGGAGAAGGUAUUUGCUGGACCUGGUCAAAUCCCAGGACACAUGACCACUCUGUACGAUUUCCAUUUUAACGGAAAGCAGAUGAAGUGGGUUCCCUGGCGCUCAAUGGUGUCCAAAUAUGUGCACAACCAUGACAUGAAGUUUGCUGACAUCCUGGUGCCCACCAUUGACACGGCCCGAACCAGCUGGAUCCUGGAGCAACAGAUGAAGAUCAAGAGACCUGUGCUGCUAGUGGGAGAGUCGGGCACCUCCAAAACAGCUACCAUUCAGAACUUCCUCAAGAACCUGGAUGACUCUAAGAUCACAAUGACCAUCAACUUCUCAUCCAGAACCACCUCAAUGGACAUCCAGAGGAACCUUGAGGCCAACGUGGAGAAGAGGACUAAGGAGACCUAUGGCCCACCUAUGGGCAAGAGGCUGCUCAUCUUUAUGGAUGACAUGAACAUGCCCAAGGUGGACAGCUAUGGCACACAGCAGCCCAUUGCUCUGCUCAAGCUACUGCUCGACCGUGGGGGCAUCUACGACCGCAGCAAAGAGCUCAACUAUAAACUGCUCAAGGACCUGGGCUUCAUCGCAGCCAUGGGCAAAGCUGGAGGAGGCCGCAAUGAGGUAGACCCACGUUUCACCAGCCUCUUCAGUGUCUUCAGCAUCCCCUUCCCCGCCACGGAGUCCCUGCACCUCAUCUACACCUCCGUACUCAAAGGACACACCAAGAUGUUUGAGGAUGUGGUGCAGAAGGCCUGUGACACAGUGACCAUGUGCACACUGGAGCUCUACAAUAACAUUAUUAGAGAGCUCCCUCCCACUCCUUCCAAGUUCCACUACAUCUUCAACCUGCGAGACCUGUCCAGGGUAUACCACGGGCUGACCAUGACCCACCCCGAGAGAUGCGUGAGCGUGGCUAAGUUUGUGCGGACCUGGAGGAACGAGUGCCUAAGAAUAUUCCACGACAGACUCAUCGAUGAGGCCGAUAAAGCUUUGGUCCAGGGGCACCUGCGCAGCCUAGUGGAGGAGCACUUCCAUGCAGAGGCUGAGUCUGUGCUAAAAGAGCCUAUCCUGUUCGGGGACUACAUGACAGCUCUGAGCGAGUCCGAGCCCCGGAUCUACGAUGACAUCCAAGACUACGAGGCCUCCAAAGCUUUGUUUGAGGAGAUCCUGGAGGAGUACAAUGAAGGAAAGUCCAGGAUGAAGCUGGUUCUUUUUGACGAGGCCUUGGAGCAUGUGACCCGUGUCCACCGCAUCUUGCGCAUGGACCGGGGACACGCCUUGCUGGUGGGAGUGGGGGGCUCAGGGAAGCAGUCCCUCACCAAGUUAGGGGCCUUCACCGCGGGCUGUGAGGUGUUUGAGAUCACCUUGACCAGAGGCUAUGGAGAGUCUAACCUCCGUGAUGACCUGAAGACACUCUACCUCAAACUGGGCAUAGAAAAUAAGAAGUGUGUGUUUUUGUUCACUGAUGCACACGUGGUUGAGGAGGGCUUCCUGGAGCACAUCAACAACAUGCUGACCUCCGGCAUCGUUCCAGCUCUAUUCCCCGAUGAUGAGAAGGAGUCCCUGUUGAACCAGGUGAGGGAAGAUGCUCUGAAGAAUGGAGCGGGCCCCUCCAAAGAGAGCCUGUGGCAGUUCUUUGUCAACAAGAGUGCCAACAACCUGCACAUCAUCCUGGGCAUGUCUCCUGUGGGCGACACUCUACGAACACGCUGCCGUAACUUCCCAGGGCUGAUGAACAACACAGUCAUCGACUGGUUUCAGCCCUGGCCCCCACAAGCUCUGCUAGCUGUGGCACAGUCCUUUCUGGGUCAGAAUGCCAUGAUCCCGGAGCAGCACUCAGCAGCGGUCAUCUCUCAUGUGUGCAUGGUUCAUGACUGUGUGCGAGACUACAGCAUACUGUUCCAACAGAAACUGCGCCGCUGCAACUUCGUCACACCAAAGAACUACCUCGACUUCAUCAAUACCUACUCAGCUCUGUUGGAGAAAAAGGACCAGGACAUUCUGGCCCAGUGCAAGCGUCUGGAGGGGGGUCUGGAUAAGCUGAAGGAGGCCACGGAGCAGCUGGGGGAGCUGAACAUAAAGCUGGCUGAGCAGAGGGUGGUCCUGGCUGAGAAGUCCACGGCCUGUGAAGCUCUGCUGGACGAGAUCACCUCCAACACCACUAUAGCGGAGGAGAAGAAGUGCCUGGCUGAAGAGAAGGCCAAGGAAAUUGAAGAGCAGAACAAGGUGAUAGCAGUGGAGAAACAGGAGGCUGAGAGCUCUCUGGCCGAGGCUCUGCCCGCUCUGGAGGCCGCUCGCCAUGCCCUGCAAGAUCUAGAGAAGUCUGACGUCACCGAGAUCAGGUCUUUUGCAAAACCGCCCAAACAGGUGCAAGUUGUGUGUGAGUGCAUCCUGGUGCUGCGCGGAUACAAGGAGAUCAGCUGGCAGUCUGCGAAGGGCAUGAUGUCUGAGGCCAAUUUCCUCCGCUCGCUCAUGGAGAUGGACUGUGAUGCCAUCAGCAACAGCCAGGUCUCCACUGUGAAAGGCUUUCUAAAGAACCUCAAAACCAGCUUUGAAGAAAUGCAAGCCAUAAGUAAAGCCGGCUCUGGGAUGCUGAAGUUUGUUGAAGCCAUCAUUGGUUACUGCGAUGUGGCCAGAACCAUUAAACCCAAGAGGGAGAAGGUGGCACGUUUGGAGAAAAACUUCUACAAGAGUAAGAGUGAGCUGGAGAGCAUCCAGAAGGAGCUGAGUGCCAUCCAGAUGGAGCUGCAGUCGCUCAGGGAAAAGUACCAGGCGGCCAUUGAGGAAAAGCAGCUGCUGCAGGAGGAAGCCGAGCUCAUGGAGAGGAGGCUCAUCGCAGCAGACAAGCUCAUCUCCGGCCUCAGCUCAGAGAACCACAGGUGGACGCAAGACCUUGAGCAGCUGCGGCAGAGGCGUGUGCGUCUGUUGGGGGACUGCCUCCUAUCGGCUGCCUUUCUGAGCUACGAGGGGGCUUUCAGCUGGAACUUCCGGGAUGAAAUGGUCUACCAAAGAUGGGUGGAAGAUGUUAAACAGAGAGGUAUCCCUCUGAGUCAGCCUUUCAAAGUGGAGCUUCUGCUGACUGAUGAGGUGGAGAUCAGCCGAUGGGGCUCUGAAGGCCUGCCUCCAGAUGAACUGUCCGUGCAGAAUGGAAUCCUUACUACACGAGGAAGCCGUUUCCCCAUGUGCAUCGACCCACAGCAACAGGCUCUCAACUGGAUCAAGAAAAAGGAGGAAAACAACAACCUGAAGAUCUCCUCUUUCAAUGACCCAGACUUCCUGAAGCACUUGGAGAUGGCCAUCAAGUUUGGAUACCCAUUCCUCUUCCAAGACGUGGACCACUACAUUGACCCAGUGAUUGACAAUGUGCUGGAGAAGAACGUGAAGGGUGCAGAGGGUCGGCAGGUCAUCAUGCUCGGGGACAAAGAGGUGGACUAUGACCCCAACUUCAGACUUUACCUCAACACCAAGCUGGCCAACCCCAAGUAUUCUCCAUCCGUGUUCGGCAAGGCCAUGGUUAUCAACUACACUGUGACCCUUAAAGGCCUGGAGGACCAGCUGCUCAGUGUCAUCAUGGCCUAUGAGAAGAAGGAGCUGGAGGAGCAGAGGGAAUUUCUAAUCCAGGAGACCAGUGACAACAAAAAGCUGCUCAAGAACCUGGGAGACUCCCUACUACGUGAACUGGCCACCUCCACAGGGAACAUGCUGGACAACACUGAGCUGGUGCACACACUGGAGGAGACCAAAUCCAAAGCACAAGAGGUGUCAGAGAAGCUGACUCUGGCCCAGAAGACAUCAGUGGACAUAGACAAGCUGAGGGAUGGCUACCGGCCUGCAGCUAAGCGCGGGGCCAUUCUCUUCUUUGUGCUGACGGAGAUGGCUCUGGUCAACAGUAUGUACCAGUACUCUCUGACCUCGUACCUGGAGGUCUUUGACUACUCCCUCCGCAAGUCCCUCCCUGACGCGACACUGGUUGAGAGGCUCAAGAACAUCAUGAACGCCUUGACUUACAACGUCUACAACUAUGGAUGCACAGGUCUCUUUGAGAAGGACAAGCUUUUGUUCUCCUUCAACAUGACCAUAAAGAUGGAACAGGCGGAAGAGCGCGCACCGCAGGAGGAGCUGGAAUUCUUCAUCAAAGGGAACCUCUCUCUAGAGAAGAGCCACAGGAAGAAGCCAUGUGAUUGGCUGACAGACCAGAGCUGGGAGGAUGUGGUCAAACUGUCGGAGCUGUUACCGGAGCAGUUCAGUAUUCUUCCUGAAGAUGUGGAGACAUACUCUGAGGACUGGAGGGCUUGGUAUGACCUGGAUGUCCCAGAACAAGCCACAUUCCCCGGGAGUUACCAGGAGAACCUGAGCAUGUUCCAGAAGCUGCUCCUGCUGCGCUGCUUCAGGGUGGACCGAGUCUACAGAGCAGUGACCAACUAUGUCACUGUCAUCAUGGGCGAGAAAUAUGUGCAGCCUCCGGUCAUCAGCUUCGAUGCCAUCUACGAGCAGAGCAGUCCCUUCUCUCCCAUCAUCUUCAUCCUGUGUCCAGGCUCAGACCCAACCACAGACCUUAUGAAACUGUCCGAGCGCUCAGGUUUUGGGGGGAAUAAGUUUAAGUUCCUGGCCAUGGGACAAGGACAGGAAAAGGUGGCACUGCAGCUGCUGGAGAAGGCUGUGUCUUUGGGGCAGUGGCUCAUGCUGCAGAACUGCCACCUGCUGGUUAAGUGGCUCAAGGACCUGGAGAAGUCCCUGGAGAGGAUCACCAAACCCCACCCCAGCUUCCGCCUGUGGAUCACCACCAACCCCAUCCAGGACUUCCCCAUUGGCAUCCUGCAAAAGUCACUCAAAGUGGUGAUUGAACCUCCCAACGGCCUGAAGCUCAACAUGAGGGCUACCUACUCCAAGAUCUCACACGAAUCGAUGAGUGCCUGUCCACACCCCGCCUUCGGCAGCCUGGUCUAUGUGCUGGCCUUCUUCCAUGCUGUCGUACAGGAGCGGCGCAAGUACGGCAAGAUUGGCUGGAACGUGCCAUAUGACUUCAAUGAGUCCGAUUUCUUUGUGUGCAUGGAGGUCCUCAACACGUACCUGACCAAGGCCCACUCACAGGGGGACAGCAGCAUUCCCUGGGGAAGCCUCAAGUAUCUCAUCGGAGAGGUGAUGUACGGAGGCCGAGCCAUAGACAGCUUUGACCGCAGGAUCCUCACUGUUUACAUGAAUGAGUACCUGGGAGACUUUCUCUUCUACACGUUCCGCCGCUUUCACUUCUUCUGCAACAGUAAUGUGGACUACAAGAUCCCCUCCGAUGGGCCCAAGAGCGUGUAUGUGGAGGAGAUUGAGAAACUGCCUUUAGUUAACACUCCUGAGGUGCUGGGGCUCCAUCCCAAUGCGGAGAUUGGAUACUACACCCAGGCCGCCAAAGAUAUGUGGGCCAACCUCAUCGACCUGCAGCCCCAGACAGGCGAGUCCAUUGGCAGCAUCAGUAAGGAUGAGCACAUCAGUCAGGUGGCCCAGGAUAUCCAGAGGAAACUGCCCGUGCUUUUUGACUUGGAUCUGAUUCGGAAGAAGCUGGGCGCCAAGGUCUCCCCAACCUCAGUCGUGCUGCUACAGGAGCUGGAGCGCUUUAACAGGCUAGUGGUCCGCAUGCAGUGCUCCCUGGCUGAGCUGCGGAAGGCCCUGGCAGGAGAGGUGGGCAUGAGCAGUGAGCUGGAUGGGAUUGCUCGUGCUCUGUUUAAUGGACACAUCCCUGCAGUUUGGAAGAGACUGGCUCCAGACACCAUCAAGUCACUGGGCAACUGGAUGGGCCACUUCAGAAGGAGACAUGAGCAGUACCAUCACUGGAUGGAGAAGGGCGAGCCUAAGGUCAUGUGGCUAUCUGGACUGCACAUCCCAGAGUCCUACCUCACAGCCCUGGUGCAGACGGCUUGCAGGAAGAAUGGCUGGCCCCUAGACCUGUCCACCCUCUACACCCAGGUCACCAAGUAUCGCAGCGAAGAGGAGGUGCCUGACCACCCCGCCCAGGGCUGCUUCUUAUCUGGCCUGUACCUGGAGGGGGCAGACUGGGACACAGAGCAGGGCUGUCUGGUCCGGAGCAAACCCAAAGUUCUGGUAGUGGAACUGCCCAUCCUUCGCAUCUUCCCCAUCGAGGCUCGCCGCCUCAGGCUGCAGAGGAGCCUGCGUACCCCUGUGUACACCACGUCUUUGCGCAGGAACGCCAUGGGGGUGGGCCUGGUGUUUGAGGCCGACCUGAGCACGGCCGACCACUUCUCCCACUGGGUGCUGCAGGGUGUGUGCCUCUACCUUAACACAGACUGAACUCUC